CGCCAACUCGUCCUCGCCUGGGAAUCUCUGCUCUCGUCUCGCUGGUUGUUGGUCUCACCAACAAGUCGUGUGCACAAUCCCAUUCCUCCUACAUGCGUGCGUGCAGCGUGACAGGCGCAGUUUGCACGCGGUCCUGUUGUCCCCAGGACGCAAUAAAAGCGCCGCCCAUUCUGUAGCAGCCACAACACUCGACUCGACUGAGACCCGAGACACAGCACCUUCACACGAAGACCAGCGAAAUCUACUGAAAAAAAUGGAUCCUUGCGACUGCUCCAAGAGUGGAACCUGCAACUGCGGAGGAUCCUGUACUUGCACAAACUGCUCCUGCACCACCUGCAAGAAGAGCUGCUGCCCAUGCUGCCCAUCCGGCUGCACCAAAUGCGCCUCUGGAUGUGUUUGCAAAGGGAAAACUUGUGACACCGCCUGCUGCCAGUGAGGAUCCUCCUGUAACAUCAGCCCUGUUUUGCCCUUGUAAUUGAGCCGGUGUGCACUACUUUGAAUUAAUUGCAGCUGCAAGUGUCUACAGAGAAUAAUGCAUUUUGUACUGUGUUCAGUGUUGAAAUAAAUGUGAUCCCUAAUGUGA